AUGGCGAGCAGAGGAUUUGAAUUCCCCAUAUCAGUCAAUGCGGCUGAUACACCUACGCCUCUCCCCGGCGAGACUGCGACUUAUGCCCCUGGUACCCCCUUCAUCGCCACUGCGGGUUACGCGCCUACGCCUUUCUUUGGUGCCACUGCGGCUUAUGCACCUGCACCAUCCUUCCCCAUAAUUGCAACUUAUGCGCCUACGCCUUUCUUCGGUGGCACUACGGCUCUCUUCGACGCCCCUACAGUUUGUCCACCUACGCCAUUCUUUGCAAUCCCUUCGCAAUCUUCUGCUCUGGAUGUGGAUCUGUCUUUCCGCACUCCAGGCAUAGCAUUUACUCCACCCACGCCUUCCAACACUCAGGCAGAGCAUGAUGGUGUGGGAGCAUGUGUGAAAAGAGCUCUUACCAUAGAGGAAUUCAAGUACAAUGGUGGUGCAAUGUUAAUCGAUGCAAAAAUAAUUGUGCAAUGGUGUAGCUCUAUGAUGGGACCAGUUAAUGAAGCCAAGGCGAACAGAGGAUUCGAAUUCCCCGUAUCAGUCACUGCGGCUGAUGCACCUACGCCUCUCCCCGGCGUCACUGCGACUUACGCCCCUGGUGCCCCCUUCAUCGCCACUGCGGGUUACGCGCCUACGCCUUUCUUCGGUGCCACUGCGGCUUACGCGCCUGCACCAUCCUUCCCCGGCAUUGCGACUUACGCGUCUACGCCUCUCUUCGGCGGCACUACGGCUUACCCGCCUACGGCUCUCUUCGACACCCUUACGGUUUGUCCACCUACGCCAUUCUUUGCAAUCCCUUCGCAAUCUUCUGCUCUGGAUGUGGAUCUGUCUUUCCGCACUCCGGGCAUAGCAUUUACUCCACCCACGCCUUCCAACACUCAGGUGGGAAAUCCGCCCACUUCCUCAGCAACUCAAUCCUCCUCUGUAUCGCAACCAUCAAAUACGUUUUGCACUGUUGCUUCGUCUUCAUCAACCACCAGUGCACCUACAAUUACUAUUUACUGA